AUGGAUUCAGAUAUUGAUAUUGAAGAACAUAAUUUGUUUGAAAAUCCUGAGUUACGUGUUCUUUUCCCGGAUAUAACUGCGCUUAAACAGGAGAUUUAUGAUGAAUAUGUUGAAGUUACUAAUAUACCAAAUGACAGAACAACCCUGAAACGUGAAUAUCAAUUAGAACUAGCUCACUCUCAGCAUUUUGAUGAAAAUCAACAAAGGGCUGGAAAGAAAAAACGUGCAUUACAAGAAAAAACAUGCAUUUUAAAAAACAAAAUAGUCAUUGGCUCAGAACCAAAGUCAUCCAAAACUACAUAUAGUUCUAUGAAACAUAAUAUAACAAAGCAGGUUAUAGAACAUUGUCAAAUUCAUAUAUUAAAUAAUAGGGAUCCAAAAACUAACAUAGAACAUCGGGAACAGGAUGUUAAUUCAAAAGAUUCUAUAGAUGGCAGGAAGGUGUACUAUUUUGAACCAUAUUAUUAUGCUAAGGAUGAUAUUUGGUUGAAGCAUCUAUUUAAUGGAUUAUCACUGGAAGAAAUUACCAAAAAACUGCCCCAUUCUAUUUAUAGAUUUGAGAGUAGAAUAAAACUAGAAAUAUCUCAAGAGGCGGAGCGGUCGAAAGCCAAGGGUCGCAACCCUUCCCCCUACACCCAUAUACCCUAA